UUCAAUAUGUGAAUUGGAAUUGAACUCUAAAGAUGAUGUUGUAACCACUAUUUGUAAACAUACAUUUCAUCGUCAUUGUGCUCAAGAACGUCUUGAUGAAAGAAAUAGAGCGGAUUGCCGUUCGUGUGGUAAAGAGUCGGCUCUUCGUGAUGCAUUGUCUAAAAACACAACGACCACUAAUAUUAAAAACUCCUUCGAACGCAAACCAAGUAGAAUAGAGGUCGAUCAAAUUGCACGAAGUGGUACACCUGCUGCUUCACCGGCAAGAAAUGAACAUAGAACGGAAAAAAAAGAAGAUACAUGGAAAUGCGAUGAAUGUUCGGCAACUAACUUAACAUCAACAAAACGAUGUUCACGUUGUGGGGAACCGCGAUUUGCUGCCUUCUCUGCUUCAACUGCCCAAACACAACGCCCAGAAGUUUUAGCUACAGCAGAUUAUAAUCAAAAUGUGUCUUCAAUGAGACCUUCAAGAGUUGAUGGAUAUCAAUCGUUAUAUCCAAGAAUUCACGAAUCCACGAAGGCCGAACCUUUAACACUCAUAAACUCUUCUUCCACUGCUGACAAACCCUAUUCCUUGAGACCGAAUACAAAACAAACGAUGCCACAAACACACAUUGAAAAUAUUGAAGAACACGAUGAAGAUCACAUCUCAGAACAAGAAGCUAUUGUGUAUAUUUCUGAUCUGCCUCCAAGUAUUCAAGAUGAUUCUCAACUACACCGGUUGAUCGAAAGUCGCUUGGAGAAGGUAUUUCAAAUCGAACCAAUUUCAAUUCAAUGUUAUUCAAAAUUAGGUGCUGGUUUGAUGCGCGUUCGUAAUACUCAAAUAAAAAAUCGUUUAGUAGAAGAUAUUAAAAUAAUGCCACUAGAUCUGUUAGAAGGAACGCAUGUUAUUUCAUUCCGUGAAACACUUGAAGUUGUUUCAUAUAUUGUUAUUGAUACAACAAAUGAGGAGAACGAUAUGGAUCUACCAACAGCUCAGGAAAUUCGUAAACGAUGGAUUGAACUCUAUCGAGGUGACGAACCUUCGUCUUGCGAUCAAAUCAGUGUUCAAUUUCCUAAUAUUUAUCGGAUUGUUUCCACUUCAUUCGAUGAUUUACUCGCUGCCAUGUCAACUCCAGAUUUUUUAAUCAGCAAACUAUUCGCACAUGUUUAUAUUGGAGCAGAUUGCAGUUAUUUUGAGGAUUUACCAAAAUCAACAACUAAAGAAGAAUUAGAAACAGCAAUUUCUAAUUCAAUUAGAAUGAAAACAGUUUCAUCAUUAUCACUUCAUAUCGAAUUAAACAAACAAACGAACAAUGCAUGCAUCAUUGCUACUGAUGAAGCUCGGCUAUGGACAACAAAAAGUUUUGUCUAUAUUAACGAUAAACCAAUAUCGAAAAAAGCAAGUUUAACUUGUCGUUUACUUGUUCAUCCAGUAUUGGGAAUUCAUAACGAUGAUGAAAUUAUCAACCAUACAAUAUUUGAUGGAAAAGCGUCAAUUAUUGAGCGAAGUAAUGAAAAUCUUGUUCUUGAAAUAUCCGACAAGAAAAUUUAUGACAAUUGCUUAUCAGUGGGGGUGCUUACUCCUAAAAGUAAACCAAGAUUAAAAAUGGAAAUCUACAUGGCUUUUACUAAUCCAGAAAAUCGCGAAAUCGAUACUGAGACAUGGUAUCACGUUGAAAUGGUUCGUUAUAAACCGGAUAUCAUGCAAUUUACUGCUGAUAUUGAUCAUCCAAUAUUUCAUUACAGAUGGAAUGCAGCCAUAUGGCUUCAAGAAUUUCAAAAUGCACAAUCUAAAAAUCGUAGUACUAAAGCUAAUGCAAAAGCCCAAUCAAGUCUAUCAAAUGAUCAAAUUCGUCAUUUACUUCAAAUGACUGUGAUGUUGAAUACUAUUGGCGUUAUACGGAAGAAGACUUACUUAAUUAAUAAUCAACAAAUCAAAUUGAAUUUAGAUUCCAAACUAAAAACUAUCGUUUACAAUCAUGAUUCAUUAUUGGAACUUAGUCAAUCAAUCCAAUUAUCAAAUACUCCUUACACAGA